AUGGACGUCUAUGGCACAGCAGUGACGGCCAUCACCCAGAUCUAUCAGGUCACCGUCUUUAUUCAAGGCGUCAUCUCCGACAUUAAGGCCUUUGAUGAUGACCGGGCCGACAUCCGACUCAAGCUGAAUCUCCAGCUACUCACCCUACUCUGUUUCAAACGCACAUUCUUUGAUGCAGAAAAUGGGCUGAUGAUUCCAGGAAAGGCGGAGCCUUUCAUCGCCGACACGGUGGAAGGUUUGCUGGUGCAGAUGAGGAAAACUCUGGCUGAAUAUGAAGUUGUGGCAACCAAGUACGGUUUCGUGGAUGAAAGAUACACCAUCGAGGAGGAGAAGCCCAAAGCCCAGGCCUCUUUGGCGGAGCGCGCAAAGAGUAUGGUCAAAAUGCUCAAGCUCAAGGGGUAUGACUGGUCACUGUUUGACAAAAAGAAGCUUAAUCGAAUCCUGGAGACAUAUACCAAGUGGUCCGACGAUCUGCGAAACCUCAUGCAGCACAUGUCGCAGGAUAUGCUAGCCAAGCUAGUCGAAAACAAUUAUCAAGGGCUGAAAACCACUGGUCUGGAACCGGUCAUGAAUCGACGUUUACUGGCCGAGGCCGUGGCACCAGCGGACUACGCGUGUUUAACUGGUAUCAUCACCGAGGAAGGAAAGCCAAUGGGAGGAUUCCAACUGGGGAAGUGGUCUUCGGGUACCGAAGAAGCACAAGUGAUUGUUGAGUAUCACGAGUACGAGAGUGAGCUCAAGCGCGAUGAUUUAGAGCCGGAAGAAGUACAAGAGCUCAAAGCACCCAUUCGCAACCUGGCCUGGCUCCUCCAAAGCACCACCUUCAUCAGCGAAUCGCCAAACUCUCUUGAUCAGCCCAAGAUUUAUGCGCUAGAAUGCCUCGGCUUUGUCGAUCAACCCAUCCAGGAACGAAGCGUUUUCCUCUAUAAGCUCCCCACAUCCGGUAUAACAACCGCGCCAUCGCUAACAACCCUACACGCCUUUAUCAAUGCAAUCGAUAGCUCAAACAAACGACCACUUAAGAAGCCCACCCUCAAUGAUCGUUUUAGUAUGGCGCACAGUCUCGCUCUGACGCUCUCAAACGUCCAUGCCUCAUCAUGGGUCCACAAAAACAUCUGGAGCAGGGGUAUCCUUCUGUUCCUCGAGACCCCCGAAAACAUCAGCUCUUCGGGUCUCUACGAGCAUCGCCUUUCCAUGCCUAGCUCUAAAAACAGGAUCGUCUCCUACCUAGGCGACUGGGGCUAUGCACGAUCUGUACAGCAAGGCACAGACAUGCGCUCCGAUUUCGAAGUUGAGCCUAAUCUUUACCGUCAUCCAACCCGGCAGGGUCGUCCAACACAGCAGUUUAGCCACCUGCAUGAUAUAUAUGCACUGGGCGUGGUACUUCUCGAAAUCGGGCUGUGGGUUACGCUGUCGCGGUUGAUGGAGGCGAAGAUUCGGGAGGCGGAGAAUAGUGGGCGGCUACCGAGGCCGAAGAAAGUGGUUGAUGAUUUGAUGGCAUUGGCAAUGCAGGGACUGCCCAAAGAGAUGGGUGUGGGUUAUAUGCAAGCUGUGCUUUCUUGCUUAAAGGGUGAUUUUAGGAAGACAGAAGGAUUGGCUUUAGCGGUGGAUUUUCAGACUAAGGUAGUAGAUGUUCUGAGGGCUGGUAUGGAAUUAUAG